AUGUCUACCAUUAAGACCGUAUAUAAUGCACGCCAGAAAUUUCAAACUACAGAGAAAGUCGGUAAAACCCAGAUGCAAGUUGUAAUGUUUAUACUACAUCCUUACAUUAUGCAUAUACAAGACAUAAAACCUGAUGGAAAUUACGGUUUUCGGGCGAUAGCUGUCUAUCUUGGUCUUGAUGAAGAUGCAUGGGCAACUAUCCGAUAUAACCUAAUAGAAGAGUUGCACAUAUUCAGAACACAGUAUGUUGCAAUAUUUGGCAGUGAUGGCCAGUGGACUCGUGUUUACAACUCACUGAACUUCUUUACAUUAGAUAGAGGAGCAUCGAUUGAGCAUUGGAUGGCUAUGUCAGACAUGGAUCUCUUGAUUGCUUCAAAGUUCAAUGUGAAAUUACACAUUUUAAGUGCUGCACAAAGCUUCAAGUAUUUUACACUUCGAUCUACUCCACCACCGUCAUAUCAACUUGUUGCUAUCGCUAUUGGGUACGUAAAUAAUAAUCACUAUGUCCAGGUUGUAUUGACAGAGGGUUACCCGAUGCCUCCCAUUAUGCCUCAAUGGGUUCAUUUCAGGCAUGAUUGUGCAACUACAUGGGCUACCCCAUAUGCGGAGCGAAUUCAUGCGUACAUGUAG